AAUACCCCUUGUACACCCAUCUCUCAUCUCUCUGAUCCCCUACUUCCCAAGUCCCGGCGGCUCGCCGGCUGUUCCCCUCCGGAGGCGCCCUCCCGCUCCCCCACACGCAGCCCUGCUGCUGCUUCCCCAGUACCACGUCAGUCGCCGCCCCCUCCGCACACCGCGCCCGCGAGGCCACAUUCCUGCCCUUGCAAUCGCACCCGGACCGGACUCUCGGGGACGACGGCGCCGCGCCGGAGAGGAAGGGGCUGAGGUGCUGCUCCUCCAACGCGGCAACGGUGGGCGCCAAGGAGCGCAGCCACCCCUCCGGCGACACGGCCGCGUCCAUUCGACCGCCCGCCGUCGCGGCGGGCCCGUGCCGCAUGGUCGCCCGCUUCCCAGUCUCCCUCCGCUGGUUUGGCGGCCUACUGCGGGCUAGCAGCAGCCCCCGCCGCCGCGGCGUAUCCGCGAUGGCCGGAGGAGGCGAAGAGGCGCAGCUCGGGGGGUUCCUCGAGUACAUGGACAUGCUCCGCAACUACGAGCGCUCCGGCGUGCCGCGCGGCGCCGGGACCGACUCCGACGACGGCUUCGACCUCGGCCGCAUGCGCCGCCUCCUCCGCCGCCUCGGCGACCCCCACACCCACUACCCGUCUGUCCAUAUCGCCGGCACCAAGGGGAAAGGUUCGACUGCCGCGUUCCUGUCUAAUAUCAUGAGGGAGCAAGGAUACAAUGUGGGCUGUUAUUCCAGUCCACACCUUCUAACAAUCCGAGAGCGCAUUUCUGUUGGACAACAUGGAGGCCCUGUUUCAGCUGCGUCGUUGAGGGAUCUUUUCGAUCUGGCCAAGGAAGCUAUCGAUGAAUCAAUCGAGUCAGAAAAUGGAUCCCUGACACACUUUGAGGUUUUUACUGCUCUUUCAUUUCUCCUAUUCUCACGAGAAAAUGUUGAUGUUGCCAUUGUUGAAGCAGGCCUUGGGGGAGCUAGAGAUGCCACAAAUGUCAUACGAAAUAGUGAACUAGCUGCAGCAGUCAUAUCAACAGUUGGGAAAGAACAUUUGGCUGCUUUGGGUGGUUCCCUCCAAAGCAUAGCAGUGGCAAAGUCUGGAAUUAUCAAGGAAGGACGACCAGUUGUCAUUGGUGGUCCAUUUUCAACAGACAUCGAGCAAAUAAUUCGGGAUAGAGCGUUCUUGACACAAUCUCCUGUCAUAUCUGCUUGUGAUACUGGUGUCAGGAGCAUCACAAGAUGCAUUGGACGAGACUAUGCAAAACCUUAUCAAAGCUGUGACAUUGUCGUGAAGAUUUCAGGCAAUAUGCCAUUGUCUGUGGAAUUGCAUGAUGUAAAACUCCAGCUGCUGGGAGGCCAUCAGCGUCAGAAUGCUGUCACGGCUUCUUGCACAGCUCUAUGUCUCCGUGAGCUAGGAUGGAAUGUAUCCGAUGCAUCUAUCCGAGCUGGUUUAGAGAAGACACAACUGCCCGGGAGAAGCCAAUUCCUGACACAAGAUGAAGCUUCAGUUCUUGGGCUCGACGGAGCAUCCACCAUUCUAAUCGAUGGAGCCCAUACCGAGGCGUCUGCAAAGGCACUGUCAGACGUGAUAAAAACCGUCGAACCCGAAGGGCCUGUGGCCGUCAUCGUUGGAAUGGCCAGCGACAAAGAGCACCUCGCAUUCGCUGCACAACUUCUCUCAGGCAGAAGGCCCGACGUGGUGCUGCUGACGGAGACGGGGAUCGCGGGAGGGACUGCUCGCUCCAUGCCGGCUUCAUCACUGAGAGACAUCUGGACAGGCGCCGCGCUUGGCCAGGGCAUCGAGUGUGUGGAUAUCGGGGCCAUCGCUGGCAACAAAGCCCCAAACGUAAAUAUCGACCACCUGGCACCCGCCGCUGGCACAGACAAGCCCGCGCCGAUGUUGAUCGGGUGCGGAGCCGCGCCGUUCUCGCGCGACCUGAUGAAGGCCGCCUCCCGGCUGCUGCGCCGGGCAGUCGGAGGUGGCGCUGCUCGGGGUGGCCUCAUCUGCGUCACUGGCUCCAUGCAUAUGGUCGCGUCGGUGCUGCAGCAGCUUGAGCAGUAGCUCCCCAAUCCCCAUGGACCAUGGUUGCAGACUCAUGGUACAUGUUGUCAGUCCUCUGUUCCAAAAUAGAUGACCCAAUUUUAUAUUAAUUUUGUACUAAAGUUAGUAUAAAGUUGAGUCAUCUAUUUUAGAACGGAGGGAGUACAUGAAUUGCAGACUAUGCAAGGGGGUGACGCUGUAGCUACAUGCUUACAGUACACCAGUACAGCGCAUUACAUGGUCUAGAAUCGAUGGGAUUAGGCAGUGAUGUUAACUUUCAUAAAGCUACCUAGGAAGCAUCGAUGUGCCGUACAUGUCCUUGUCUUGGUUGUCUACCGAGAGCGACAAGUCCUUGGCCUUGUUCACACUCACACCUUAGUAGUUGACCUCGGUCGACUUUACAAAGUUGUUCUUUCUAAACAACUUAUUAAUAUUUAUACUGUUCCACUUCUACAUAAUAAUUUGUAAAUCUACUCCUGUACUAAAGAAAUAUGCUACUGUCUUUGGUUCAUGGAGGAAAAUCUUAUUUCUUGACUUUA